AUGGCAACCUUGCAAAAGAUUGGCGAACGCAUCAGCCAGUCAAAAUGGACAAAGCUAUACAUUGCUUUGGCCUUGCUUCAAGGCAUCAUGAUCAUUGCUUUACAAUCAGCCAUCGCCAGCCAAAAUACAGCACAAGCCAGCAACAUUUCCCUUGUUACGUCUCCCUCCUAUUCGCAUAGCAUAAACGACCACACGACCGAUGCCCAUGAUGGUAUCCAAGCAGCCUUGAGUCGAUUGAAUCGUAUAAAAUGGGAGAACAUUGCCUUUAUUGGUUUUCAAGUUUGGUUUGUCGGUAUGGCUUUUGAUGCUACGGUCUAUCAAAAUGCUGCUGAAAUCAUUGUUCUCGCCAUCCUCAAUGGUAUCUGUGCCAUUCUAGGUGGUCUUGAAGUCAUGGAUGGCCAACGAUGGCUCGAUCGAUUGGAUCGUCUCAAUACCGAUUAUGAUUUGACCAUUGAUACAACACCAUUGCAAACCGCCUUUUACAUUGAAAUCGUCCUCACGGUCGUCAUUAUUCUUUACGCGCUCGUAUUCGCCUACGUAUCUUAUCUCGUUGUGAAGGAGUUUGGCUGGGUGAUUUACAAAAAGAUUGGCCCCGAUGUCGUUGUUCAAAGGAUGUAUCGGAUUUUCCAAUUCUUUGUCCUUACGCUCAAAAUUGACAUCUUCAUCGAAUUCCUUGUAUCCCUCUUUUACCUCGUGCAAUUUGCUCUUGAUGAUGGAUUUUAUUGGGAUGGUUACAUUCAACUUGUCGUCACCAUUCUAAUACUACCCCUCUUAUACUUUGGACGAAUGGCGGCGGGUGGUGAGCAACAUGGUCGCAUGUUGCUAUUUAUCAUCUUCCAAUUCGCGGUGGUGUUCUCGCUCAUUUUAAUGUUGUGGAGAACCAUGUUCCCCGAAAACGAAUGGUAUACUUGGAUUGCCUUUGUCAUCAUGGGUAUUGUGUUUGCUCUGGCGACGGCGGUACUGGGUGCGUGGACCAUGAGUAACUUUGGCAAAGGACUGGAGCCUUAUGUGCAACGUGGUGGACAAAAGAAGGAACAAAUGUCGAGACAUGAGUUACGCGAACAAAGAUCCGUGUCCUCUUGGCGCAUUGACGACGAUUAA